AGAGAGGAGAGACAGUGUGUUCGUGUUUCGAUAUGCGGAUGCGCCUCCAUAUCCCACCGGCCGAACCGCUGCACACCAGUCACAUUUACUCCCUCAGCACACCAUUCUCAGCUCUAACCCCACUCCGGCCUCUUUCUGUUACUCUCCGUUCUUGUCAAAUGGGAAUCGACGGCAGCUGAGAAGCAGAGCUUGAUUUCUCCUCCUCACUUUUCUGCUUGUCGUUAAUGGGGGUUGAGCCGCCGCUGGUUGAGAUCCUCCCAUGGCUGAAGUCCCUUCCGGUGGCGCCCGAGUACCACCCGACACUCUCGGAGUUCCAGGACCCAAUCGCUUACAUCCUCAAGAUCGAGAAGGAGGCCUCUGCCUACGGCAUCUGCAAGAUCGUUCCCCCGCUUCCCGCCGCUCCUAGGAAGACCGUCUUUGCCAACCUUAACAAAUCUUUUGCUGCUCGCCCACAAAACCCUAACUCUAGUCCUAGCACAAACCCUAGUUCCAACUCCAACUCCAAGCGUUCCCCGACUUUCUCCACGCGCCAGCAGCAGAUCGGUUUCUGCCCCCGCCGUCCUCGCCCUGUCCAGAAGCCCGUUUGGCAGAGCGGUGACUGCUACACUCUCUCCCAAUUCGAGGCCAAGGCCAAGCUCUUCGAACUCUCCUACCUCUCCAAGUCAGCCCCUGCUUCUGCUACUGCUGCUUCUGCUGCCGCCACCUCGUCUGGCUCUUCCUCCCGAAAGAAGAAGAAAAUCAAGCUCAAGAAAAGGCAGAAAAAGAGUAGCAAAUUGUUUUCUUCGUAUCUCUCAGCUCUUGAAGUUGAGACCCUUUACUGGAAAGCCUGUGCCGACAAGCCCUUCUCUGUGGAGUACGCCAAUGACAUACCAGGCUCGGGCUUUCCGCCCAUUGGAAGCCCCACGGGCAAGAGGUGGAGGGAGGAGGAGGCGGCAAGCAAUGUGGGGGAGACUGCCUGGAAUAUGCGGGGGGUGUCACGGGCUAAGGGCUCGCUUCUGAGGUUCAUGAAAGAAGAAAUUCCUGGAGUGACUUCUCCUAUGCUCUAUGUGGCCAUGAUGUUCAGUUGGUUUGCCUGGCAUGUGGAGGAUCAUGAGCUACAUAGCUUGAAUUACUUGCACUUGGGCGCUGGGAAGACCUGGUAUGGGGUACCAAGGGAUGCGGCUCUUGCAUUUGAGGACGUUGUAAGGAUUCAUGGAUACUGCGGAGAAGUCAAUCCUUUGAUGACAUUUACUCUCCUGGGGGAGAAAACCACUGUUAUGUCUCCUGAAGUGCUUAUAGAUGCGGGAAUUCCAUGCUGCAGAUUGGUUCAAAAUGCUGGAGAGUUUGUUGUCACUUUCCCUGGAUCAUAUCAUUGUGGAUUUAGCCAUGGAUUUAAUUGUGGUGAGGCAGCAAAUAUUGCUACUCCUGGAUGGUUAAGAGUAGCAAAAGAAGCUGCAAUUCGGAGGGCAUCCACUAAUUAUCCACCCAUGGUGUCUCAUUUUCAGUUGCUCUAUGCUCUGGCACUGUCGUUGUGCUCAAGAAUGCCUAUAUGUGGAAAUAAUGAGCCAAGGAGUUCAAGACUAAAAGAUAAGUUGCAAGGUGAAGGAGAACUCAUGGUUAAAAAAACUUUUGUUCAGAGUGUUGCUGAGACUAAUGAACUUUUAAGCUGUCUACUUGAGAAGGGAUCCUCUUGCAUUGUUCUUCCACAGAAUACAUCAGAUAGUCCUUUAUCAUCAAAUUCUCUUGUCAGAUCUAAAGUAAAGCUUAAACCAAGAUUAUCACUUGGGCUGUGCAGUCGAGAGGAAGCAUUGAAAGCAUCCAGAGCCUUACCUUGUGAUGAUGUAAUGCAGGAAAGGAACACUGGGAUGAAACAUUUAAGUGGUUUUGGUUCUCUAAAAGGAAACUCUGUGGCUGUGUACCACAGAAAAAAGCAUUCUGCAGCGUCAAACAACAAAUCUGUAACGACUGAGGCUGCAUCUUCCAUGCUUGAGUUGCAGAAUUUAAAAGAGGAGAAAGAUAGUAAUCUUGAAGGUGAUGGGCUGUUGGAUCAGGGACUUCUAUCAUGUGUUACAUGUGGGAUAUUAAGCUUUGCCUGUGUAGCUGUUGUUGAACCAAGAGAAGCUGCGUCUAGAUACCUGACUUCUUCUGGUUGCAGCUCUCUUUUUGACCAGAGUUUUGGUUCUGGAGAAAUUAAUGAUGUAGCCCUUGACACAAAAUUGCAGCGUAGCGACGACUGUUUAGGAAGAAAGGACGGGGACGUGAAGGAUACAUUAGUUGAAAAGAUGGACCAUUCCACUAGAUAUUCAACCCAAGAUUCAGUUCCUAUUGAAGUGGGUUCUGAAAAUUCCAAACAGAAUGGCUUAUCUGCGCUGGAUCUCUUAGCUUCUGCUUAUGGAGGUGAGUCUUCAGACUCUGAUGAUGAAAGACUUCCACAUGAGAUGCCUGCUUGUACACAUGAGAAUUUUGCAAAUGAAUUCUUACUGUCAUAUAGACUGGACAAUGAUCGGGUUGCAACUAAGCACCCAGAUCUAUGGUUUGGUAAGGUUCCUUUUGCAGAAAUGGAGCAGGAGUUGGUUGGUGCAAAAUGCCAAAAUGCAGUAGCUGCUGAGAAUUUUUGUCGCACAACUUCUAAUGACCCAAAUUAUCUAAGUCAGAGUGCUGAUGACAGAUAUCUUCUGAAAUUGGAUUCUAGAUGUUACAAGCCAGAACACAAAAAGUCUUUGGCACCACAUAGUAUGAAGGAUAGUUCAUGUAGUUCAAUUUGGUCUCUCGGAGGGUCAAUCAACUCUAGUAGAAUGGAGUUUAGAAGCAGUUAUCAUAAUUCUGGAACACAGGAUGUUCAUGAAACAAAUAUGAAGAUGCAGGUCACAACACCUUGUUCAGAUGAUUUUUCUUUGUGCAUUGCUCCCUGCUAUGGAAGUGAUUUACCUUCUGAAAAUUCGAACGGAGCAACUCAAUUAAUAAGUUAUCACUCUGACAUGAAAAAGGCAGCAGUAUCAGCUAUACAGAGAUCUGAUAAAGAUUCAUCUAGAAAGCAUGUCUUCUGCCUUCAACAUGCAAUGGAGGUUGAAAAGAAACUCUGUUCGAUUGGUGGUGUCCAUAUUAUGCUAUUAUGCCAUCCAGACUAUCCUAAAAUUGAAGCAGAGGCAAAGGCAUUGGCAGAGGAAUUAGGAAUUAAUUAUGCAUGGAACAAGAUUGAUUUCAUGGAGGCUACUGAAAAGGAUCAUGAAAGAAUUCAAGCAGCUUUGAAGGAUGAGGAGAGCAUACCCACUAAUAGUGACUGGGCAGUCAAACUCGGUAUCAAUCUAUAUUACAGUGCUAGUCUUAGCAAAUCUCCACUGUACAGCAAGCAGAUGCCAUACAAUGAAGUCAUUUACAAGUCAUUCAGCUGCAAUUCACCGAAUAGUUCUAUGGUGAAAACAAAGGGUUCCGGAAAGAGACAAGGUCGGCAGAAGAAAAUAGUUGUCGCUGGCAAGUGGUGUGGGAAGGUUUGGAUGUCAAAUCAAGUUCAUCCUUAUUUGGCUCAACGAAAGGAUGCUCAAGAUGAAGAGUCAGAGGAAGGACCCUUUGCACAAGGUGGUAUGACUAAUCCAAGUUCUAUCAAUGGAUCAGAAUCUAAUGGGAGUUCUGCUAAUGGUAGCAGCCUUGCUUCAAAAAAAUCUAAAAAGAGGAAGAAAAGGCCAAUGCUGAAGUCCAAUGGCAAGAGACGGAGGUUUAACCAAUCAAAUGACAUUUUAGAAGUCAUUGAAGAUGAUGACAAAGUUUCUCAGACAGAUAAAGGUAGGAUUCUUCGAAGCAAAAAUCGAUUGAAGCAUAAAACUGACUCUGAAGGAGGGCCAAGCUCUCGUCUCAGACAAAGACCAAUGAAAUCUGAAGAUACCAAACUCGUUAAACCAAGCUUCAAAAAACAAAAUGAGAAAAGAGCCAAGGGAGGCCAGCCUCCUAAGUCAUAUGAUGAUGAGGGGGAGUACACAUGUGACAUUGAAGGCUGCUCUUUGAGCUUUAGCACGAAGCAAGAGCUAUCACUGCACAAACGGGAUAUAUGCCCCGUUAAAGGGUGCGGGAAAAAAUUGUUCUCGCACAAGUACAUGAUGCAACAUCGCAAAGUUCACAUGGAUGACCGUCCACUUCAGUGUCCAUGGAAGGGGUGCAAGAUGACAUUCAAGUGGGCUUGGGCUCGAACUGAGCAUAUAAGAGUUCACACUGGAGAUCGUCCUUAUAUAUGCCGUGAACCUGGAUGUGGUCAAACAUUCCGAUUUGUGUCAGACUUCAGCCGUCACAAGAGGAAGACUAAUCACUCCGCAAAGAAGUUCCGGCGAAGUUGAUUGGUGGUGCGUAUGGCUUUUCCUGAAGCAGUUAAGAGGCUUGUUGUAAUUAGUUCUAGUUUUGCUCUCAUUGAGAAGAAACUUAGGAAUGCUAGAUAUCUGCUCACCACAUUCUUCAUUGGAUUAUCCAAUCCAUGUAUUGCCCAAGCUUUUAUUGGUUCUUUCCGAUUCUUGUUCCCAGUUCUACUCUCUGUGCCACAACAGAAGGCUAGUCCUUCGGUGAGAAGUUUUUGAUUGAGUUGACUGGUCGUGCUUCUCAUGAAGCAUUUGGUAAGAGGCUUUAUUGUAAUUAAUUCUUGUUUAUCUUUCAUUGUUAGGAGACACAAGAAUGCUAGAUAUCUGCUCACUGUCAUCCUCAGCUGAUAAACCAAUCCAUGCAUUGCUGGAGCCUUUCCUGGCUCUUUCUGAUUCUUGUUUCCCAGCACUUCACCGUGCAUCAAUGGAAAAAGUUCAUGGAAUGGGAAGUGCUCAUUUUUUCCAUUUAAAGGCAUGAGUGCAGAUAACCAGAAUGUCCUAAUUGAAAUCAUUUGAACUUCUCUUUUUGUUAUGGUAACCGUGUUCUGCUGUCUAAUGUUCUUUCUGCCGGAAGGUGGCAAUUUUUUACCAGCAGAUGAUAAUUGUUUGUUGAGUGGUGCCAGCUUGAGGUCUUUUAAUUUUUAGUUUUAACUUUUUUGGAUUUUCUUGAAGCUGGUAGCUCUGGCUUUAAAUGUUUGAGAGGUCCAAUGGCGAAAGACAAUAGUUUUGCUGUCAAACUUUUGCCCUGCAUGUUUACAAGCUAUAUUUAACAACUCAGCUCAAUAUUUUCUCAUUUUUGCUGGA